AUGACUGUAGGUUACAUGGGCCUGCUUCUCCGCAGGCGGAUAGAAGAUGUGUGGGAGCUCCGGCUGUCCUUCGACAUCAUGGUCAACUGUUCGGGCCUGGGAAGCCGAGAGCUUGUGGAAGACUCAGCCGUUUCCCCUGUGAGGGGCCAAGUACUCCAAGUGCAAGCCCCCUGGCUGAAGCACUUUAUCCGGGAUGGGAGUGGGCUGACGUAUAUUUACCCUGGUGCGUCCCAUGCCACCUUGGGUGGAACUAGGCAAAAAGGAGACUGGAAUUUGUCUCCGGAUGCAGAAACUAGCAGGGAUAUUUUUUCCAGAUGUUGCACUCUGGAGCCCUCCCUGCACAGGGCCUGCAGCAUGAAGGAGAGAGUAGGCUUGAGGCCCGACAGACCAAGCGUGCGGCUGCAGAAAGAGGUCCUGGCCAGAGAUGGAUGGAGGCUGCCCAUAGUCCACCACUAUGGCCAUGGGAGCAGGGGCAUCUCAGUGCACUGGGGCUCUGCCCUGGAGGCUGUCAGGCUGGUGAAUGAGUGUGUUCAAGCCCUCAGGACCCCAGCUCUGACAUCAAAGCUGUAGGUGACAUGUGAAGACAGCUCACAGCCCCAGAUGCUGUUGAUGAAAGCACACUUUAAGCUGCAAAACAGGUUCAAAUAAUUUUUCUAUUCCAUGAAAAUUUAAUUAGAUAUUCU